AUGAACAGCUUGUUCUACCUGGAUUCUAAAGGAGGACAGCCUACUCUUGAUGGUCAAGGCAUUUAUCGGUCAGUUGCUCAAAAUCUCAAUUACUGGAUAAUAUCACAGAAGGUUAACUUUGCCAUAAAUCCAAAUUCUAGACCAGGCUCAUCAACUGAUGUAUCCUCGAUUGAUUCGGGUUCAAAUAAUAUGCAUCGUUCGGUAACAUUCAACUCUUGCAAUGACUACUAUGAAAAAGAAAGCUCAAUGCCUCGACGGAUCGGCUUUAAACAGCGUGCUUCCCAGGUUAUACUCCAAGUUCCCGUAGAACAUCUGCGUCGAAUACGGGAAACGGAAGGGAUUGGCUCAAUCAGUCGCGAAACGCAACAUUUCUCGCCUGUGAGGAAGUUAAUGGAAAGCUUUAUAAAUAUCGUGAAAAUGCCAAAAGUCUCCUUCCUGAUUAGCGAGAAUGGAAUGGACUUUCCAAUGAUAACCAUGUGUAAUUUCAAUCCAGUAAAGAAAUCCUACAUUAAAGAGUUGAACAAAACAGGCGAAUUCUCAGAUCAUCUACUCGACUACCUCAUGGAAUCUCUAAUGGAUACGGAAGCAUUCUACGGUAAUGCCGAUCGAGCAGAAUUACAUGUGGGAGAUCGCGCUCUGCAAGUUUACCAAAAACAAUAUCCAAACUUCACAUUUGAAGGAUUUUUCGACGAUGCUGGGUGCAGUACUUCCUUUUUCACUCCUAUCUUUUUUUACUAUAGCAAUAAUCUUCAAUAA